UAGCUGUUGGCCAAGAUGGAUAAACUCAUUUUUGAGAAGGAGAACUGCGAGCGUAUCCAUGCGGUGGAGAAUUCCUUCGGCCCGUCGGGGGAGCAGCUGUGCAAACCCGGCCGGGUUCUGAUGGGAGAGGGUCGCCUGAUGAAGCAGGGUCGCAAGAAGCAGCAGCCCAAAGCCUUUUUCUUAUUCAACGACGUCCUGGUGUACGGCAGCAUCAUCCUGAACGGACACUGGCACAAGAAGCAGAAGAUCAUCCCUCUGGAGGACAUCCAGCUGGAGAACAUGGAGGACAGCGACGGAUUCAAGCACCAGUGGCUCAUGCGAACCCCGUCCAAGUCCUUCUUCGUGUCGGCCUCUUCGGCUGAGGACAAGCAGGCCUGGAUCGAGCACAUCCAGGAGUGCCAGUCCAGGCUGCUGCAGGACGGCGGCCGCCAGCCGGGCUCCGCUUUCGCCAUGACCUGGAUCCCGGACCACGCCGCCCAGAAAUGCAUGCGCUGCUUGGGCAAGUUCACCGCCACCAACCGCCGCCACCACUGCCGGAGAUGCGGCUUCGUGGUGUGCAACGCGUGCUCCAAGGAGCGGGCGGUCAUCGGUCACAUUCACGCCACCAAGCGGCUCAGGAUCUGCAAGUUCUGCCACCAGACCCGGCAGAGGGGAGGCAGCACCUACAGCAACGGCUCGUCGGAGGAGGAGGAGGUGAUCCCGUUCAGCCAGGAGGAGGAGGACGAGGAGCUGCAGAACCACAUGCCCAGCAAGUGGCUGGACUCCCGCCUGGGCAGCUGGGGAAACAGAACCAGAACCAGUAGCUCGGUAUCGACGACCACAUGAGAACCGCUGCAGCCAUGAAGGACUUUUAAAUGACGACCCGGUCAAAGCAAAUCAUGAGAUGAAGGCAUUAUAAACAAAUGAAGGAUGUGUUUUUAACUCACUUUUUAUUCUGCACAAAUCACUGAUUGUAAAUAUUUCCUCAGUGUAAUUUAAAUGGAAAAAAAUCUCAAUUUAUAUAUUUGUUGUUUUUUUAUAAAGCAUUUUGUUUCUGCUGCAUCAUCUGUGAACAAU